CUUCGUGUCUCGCACUUCAAGAUUACGAAGGCAGUAUCACUACUUUUAUGUUUCAAACCACAAGUUCAGAGUCUAAAAAUAUUUGAUUCACGCGCGGCCACGGCAUCUGUGGCGUCACCGCGCUACUAUUUCUCAUUCAUUGUUUUUGUGUUAUACAGACUACACGUUUAGAUUCAAUCGCGUUAUAAUUUUUUACGUUUUGAGUUUAUUAUAAAUAUCAAACACGAUGGGUGGCAAGAAGAAGAGAUCGCGGAGUCGAGAUCGUUCUGAAGAAAGAAGUAAUUCGAAAAGAUUGCGUAAACUGGAGGAUAUGAUGAGUGGAAUGCUGUCUAGCAUUGCAUCUAUCCAACAAGCCAUUACGACAAAAGAUUUGCCUGCAUCAUCCGAAGUUGACUAUGAGUCUGUUGGAGAUAAAUUUGAUGAAGGUGAGAAUGGAAAUCGUGAUCCUGUUUUUCAAGUCGAGGAAAAAAUAAAUGAUAUUCCAGCUUCAAAAGUCGUGAAGGAACCAGAGGUACCUGAAGUUUUGAAUGACGUGACCAAUAAGCAACCGCCAGUUAAUUCGGAAAAAACUGUACCAGUUGUCACAAUUGAUGAGUCUGAGACUCAGAUUAAAGAAGCUGAAGCUGAGGUUCCCUGGGUUUUAGAAAAAGAUGCUCUUCGUAUUUUUUGAGAGGAACCAAUCGGUGAGGACCCAAAACUUGUAUUACACUCAAGUGUUGCCAAGAGGUAGAAAAAAUACCUCACCGAUGGCCUAACCAAGGAAGUUAAAGACUCCUUGUUAAAAAAAUAUCCGCGUGCCGGUGAGUUAUCUUUCGAGGCCCCAUUGUUGAAUGAAGAGGUUAUGGGAAAUUUGAAAGAUUCCGCCCAGAAGCGGGACAAGUAUUUUUGUUGGACACAGCAGUUGGCUGGGUCAGCUUUAUCUGCUCUGGCGCCAGUUGUGGAAUCAUUUGCUCCGUCAAAAGACUCUGAACGCAUAGGCAUGCUGGAGAAGGUUUGGGAUGCAGCUAAGCUUCUUAUUGAGAUUCCCCGUUCUCAAACGGUGGCUCGUAAAGCGUGCAUACUACCAACUCUAUCAAAACAAUAGGUAACAGCCUUGGAAAAAAGAGUCACGGAUAAAUUUUUAUUUGGAGAUAAAUUGGUCGACAAAGUAAAAGAGAUCAAAGCAAUGGGAAAGGUAGGAGAUGAGACGAAACCACAGGCCCCCAAGAAGAAUACGGUUCCACCUAGUUCUAGAAACUGGAAAAGCUCGUUGAGCCAGAAGUCGGUGUCUCAAUCGAGCUUGAAGCCUUCGACACACAGAAAACCACCGACUUUGAGGAACCAGACAAGACAGCCGGCAUACCAGAAGCCAGGCCAGUCUCGCCAUUCGAACCCGCGGUCGCAGAACCGAU